UUCUCAGUCCCUUCUGAACACGGAGAGCGUUCGCACGCUGAACUCGGGCACUUCUCACGGACGACAGAGUGUGUGUGGAGAAAGAGAGACUUUGAAAUAAGCACAGAAAGACGGGCAGAGAAAGUCCUGACGGUGUGAUUCACUCAGUUGGAGAAGCGUGUUCUGAGUGCCCCGCCCUUGAAAGAUUUUUUCUCCAUCACAGGGACACUUUUCCCCACGGAUUUUUUAUUACAAUUCUCGUUUCAAUUCUCACGAGAAUAUUGCAUAGAUUUUUCCCAUCGACUUUUCUUUCUAUUAUUCCCAAAACCAUUAGAGUAUAUAUCUAUUGGUCUGUGUGAAGAAAGUGAGGAAAAAUCAUAAUUUUGAGACGUGAUUUUUAAUACACCGGGAAAUUUUCCUAUCCGAGAGUCGAUAAGUUUAUUUGCUGGAGGAAGAGAAGAUUCGCAUAUUGGCAACAUCAUGUUGAUUGGAUUAGUUAGAGAUUCAGUUCUUCAGUGCUUUUGUCACACGUGUCGAGCACCGGUUUUGCCGGCAGCAGUCAAUCGACAUACGACUUUGACUAAGAAGGCGACAAAGGCGCGCACAAAACAACCAAAAUCGUCAAAGAAAGUCAAAUUUAUUACAACUGAAAUCCGAUGCCAAGAAAAGUCCAAGGGUGGCCUCAGCUAUGAAGUGAUUCUGGCUGAGCCCUCGCUCACGUCUUCUGUCCAGGUCACCAAGCGUCCAACCACGCCCGGCAAGAAGGAGCUGUCGGUGGAUGAGAUUGAGAAGAAGCUGAAGGCGGCCGAGGAGAGAAGACUGUCGAUGGAGGCGAAGAAGAUGGCCGAUUGGAAUGAGAAGAUGGCAAAGAUUGAGGAGGCUUCGAGGAAGAAGGAUGAGUUGAACAAUGAGUUCAUGGUGCAGACCAAAGAGGCUCUCGAGGCCAAAAUGGAGCACCACGUUGAGAAGCGUGAAGCUAUUAUAAAUGACAAGAAGGAGAAAUUGAAGGUGCACUCGCAGGAGAUUGAGAAGACACGAACGUCUCUGGAGAUGCAAAAGUCAGUGGAAUUGAAUGCAAUUGAGGAGAAACUUCGCACCGCGGCCACUCUUCGUGAUGAAAAUAUGAAGAAGAUGCUGGAGCGACUCAAGGAGCAUAAUACGAUUAAAGUGGCGGAGGUGAAGAAUAAAAUUGAGCAGGGCAACAAUCAGGCUGAAAUUCAAGUCAUCGAAAAUAAGUUGUAUGCAGCUGAGAUGAAUCGUGAGAAGGAGAUUCAAAAGAAGCUUGAUUUAUUACGAAAACAUGAGCGCCGUGCAGAAGUUGUGCGUCAGAAUAAGGCUGCUCUGUGUAAUCAGAGUGAGAAUAAUGCAGCAUUAUCUGGCUAAAUCACAUGAAAGAAAAUUCCACCAAGCAAAGCAUAACCCCAGCGAGACACAGAGAAUUUUUGAAGUUCAUCAGUCAAGGAGAGAGAGAGAAAAGAGGAAGAAAAUGCAGCAGAAAAGUGGGGAAAAUAUGAAUUUUCUGCUGCACAGCAAGUAAUUGCCAUUCGUGUUUAACACAUUUCGCUUUUUCCAUUCUUGUUUAACAUUUAAUCCUCUGUGUUUUUCUUUUUAACUAAUCUCUUAUGUUGUGCUCUCUCAUGUUGAAUGGUGGAAAAAUGAUAAGGGAAAAACUGAAUAGAGCAACAGAGAAUUGAGAGAGAAAACUAGCAGUGGAGAAUUUUAAUUUAUCAUCCAUUAUCCUUUUAUAACUUGUAUGAAAUUUCACGCGAAAUACUUUGUUAAUUGGUUUCUUUAAAUGAUUAUGUUAUAUUUUCUCUAUUAUUAAUUAAAACUGUGAAAUAUGAUAUCGAAUAAUAAAAAUAAUACUAAUUAAUAGUGGAGAAUUUCCGGAAAAGAAAGCACAGUGUAAAUUUGGUGUUGUUAAAGUGUUUUUUGCAAUGGAUGAAGAAGAGAAGCUAAGAAAAAGAAAGAUUGGUAAUGAUUUCUUGGGGAGGACAGAUAAAAAAAAGUAUUACAUUCGAUGAGAAAAUCCUGCGUAGAUUUAUUCUGAGAAAAAGGAAUUGAAGAAGAAGUUGUAUUGCAUCUUUUAGUAAUUAUUAAUUAAUCAUAUUGAAUGAAAAAUUGUUGUCGCUCUGCUGCCUUUUUAACACACCUUAAUAUUGAUAUUUAUUGUGAGAAAUGACAAAAAGAAAAGUAAUCUCAGAAGGAAAACAGUCUCAAGAUGACCACAAAGGAAGUAUUAUUGAUGAAAUUGACUGUUUUCAGAGAGAUUUGUGGCAUUUUGCAACAGUGAGAAGCAAUCACUGUCGCUGCAGUGAAAGAAGUCGAGCAUGAUUAAUGGCCAUUGAGAGACUUUUUACCCUGCAAAAUGUCUUGCAAAGAGGGAGAAAAUUGAUAUGCUUGAUAAGAUUGAAGGGGAAAGACGUAAUAAUGCCAGGCUAAAUUAUCACUUUCUUACCAAAUUGCGAUGCACCCGAAGAGGAGGAAAUUAUUGAUGGGUUUUUAGAGACAAGAAGUGGCGGAGAAAGAAGAACACGUAGACAAGAAUUAGUGGUAAAGAGAGUAGAAGUAGUGGAAAUUAUUUUUUAUACAGAUAUUUUUAAAGCUCAAUAUUGCAUUUGAUGUCUUUUUGGAGGGAUGAAAAAGUGGUGUAAAAGAUUGUAGGGAAGAAAUGGUUGCGAUUUUGCGUCGCAACUGAGAAAAAAACAUUUUUUUAAGAAAUUGUAGUGAAAAAGUAGUGUUUUACGUAAUGUUUGAGAGAAACUUGUGGUUUUUCUACGCUUUUCUCCUCUUUUAACAUGAUUUUUCUCUUCAUGCCUAGCAUUUUGUAAAGUGUUUCUAUUGGUUUAAUUUUAUAUUUCGAUGGUUGAAUUGAAAACUAUGAAAAGUCAAAAUCGCCCCUUUUUCAGGAGAGAAAAUUGAAAAUUUCGCUUCUAUAUUGCUGAGAAAGUUUGUCUGUAAUAAAUUAUUCUGUAAAUAUUUCAGUUGAUUUUUAUUGAAAUUUGUCAAAAUUAGUUUUCGAGUUACAUUUUAUUCAAUUAAGUUCUAAAAAAAUCAACUUUUCGUUUUUUAAUGUGCGUUUCUUUCAAGUUUUUGAGUGAAAAAAAUCAAAAAUAUGACAAAUAUUAAUGAAAAUUUAUUCAAAAUCUAGGAAAUCUCCAAAUUUCUUUUAGUAAAUAUUAGAAGAGAAAAAAAUCGACUUUUUAUAGUUUUUCAAUUCAGCCGUCGAUUUGUUCUUUGUCAAAAACAUUCUUUUUAAAAGAAUAAAUUGCGUAUUGAGAGAAACAUAUGGAAAAAAGCUCUUCAUAUCAAAAAAAGAGAGAUAAAUUUGCCAUUCAAUGGAUAAAAAAAAAUGAGAAGAUUGAGUGUAAAACGAAGAGAAAAUCUCAAAAAAUAAUUAACUGCCACACACUUUUGAAGGUAAAUAAAUAAUAAAGGAUUAUAAAAAAAAAGAUGCAUUCUUAGUAAUAAUCAUAUCGUUAUUAAUUGUCACAACACUUAACAAAACAAAUCUUAUUCCAUAACAAAUAUAGUAUAUACUGAAGGAAUUUCUAUCAUUAUUAUCAAUAAAUUGUGUAGUAGUUUGUAGUGAAAAUUUCAGAUAAUCAGCUUUUUGCUCUGUUUAUAACAACAAACAAAAAAAGAAGGGAAGAAAGAGGAGAAAAUAUACCCAUUUGAUAAAAGAAUAAUCUUAAAAGAAAAAAAUUAGUGAGAUACAAUCUUAGGAAUAAGAGAAGGGAAGACGAAGAAAAAAGCUUAUAACAGCUUUGCCUCAAUUGUUUCCGGUUUUCGUGAAGAUGAAUAUAUAUAUAAUGAGAAUGGUAAUAAAAAUUGAUAGAAAACAGUGUAAUUUAACAACUAUCAAUUUUUAGAACAAGUCCUUUAGACAAGAGCAUUGAAGAAUUGCACAUAGAUAUUAAAAGAAAGAAAGACACAAAAAAAACAUAAAAAUGCUUCUUGCAAACAAUUUAAUUAAGAGACAAUUAGAUUAUAUUCAUAGUGAACGUAAAGAAAUUCUAAGCAAAUAAUCAAAUCCCCUUUUCUGUGUAAGUGUUUAUAAUUCCUUAACCGUCACUCAAGCAGGACAACAAAUUUCCAGCAUUUCGAGAGAAAAAAAAAUAGCAAAGAAAAAUGAUUAAUAUUUCUAUCUCUACAAAUUCACUGUCUUUGUAAUCCAACUUUGAGAAGAAGAAAUGAAGAAAAACUGUUGCAAAAUCAAACUAUAUAUCCUUGUUCUAAUGUAAUUGACUAAAAUUCCCAAAAAUAAUCCACUAAUUUAUCACUGAGUAGUAAGAAAAAAAAAAGAGUCAAAGUAUGAUAACGGCACAAGCUUCUGUGAUUGGUUCUUCUCGUUUUGUGGUGUGUGAAAAGAAAAAGAAAAACUUGAAGAAGCCAAAGUAUUAGAGGAAAGCGGUGUUUUUAUGUUCUUAUUAUGUUCUUUUUUUUGUGAGAAAAUGCUCGUGCUAAAGCGAAUCAAGUACAUGAAAGUGAAACACACUAAUCAACAAUCUGCGUUUUAAGACAUUUAUACAUAAUAUAAACAGACAAGAAAAAAAAUCCAUUUAUAAAAACCUGUAUGACUAAUAAAAUGUACCCAAAAAAUG